CACGAGUUUUCCUGGAGUAGGGACUCACGACAAAUCUUCCAACUGGGUAGCUCCAACUGCCUGGCUAUGACCCGCACAAGCGCCCAGUUGCGGACAUGAGCUCAUCGCCAUCUGCGCCUUCCACGAUGCGGCCCACACACUCUUUCGAUGCGAAGGUGGAGGAGAAGAAGCCGAGCAAGAGCGAGAUCAAUUGGGUUAUCAUGGACUAUCUCGUCUCAGAAGGCUAUCCCGCCGCAGCAGAGAAGUUUGCUCAGGAGACCAACGUCGGCAACCCCGAGGACAUGGAGAGCAUUCGGGAGCGCGUCGCUGUGCGCAAUGCCAUCCACGCUGGCAAUGUGGAAGAGGCCAUCGAGCUCAUCAACGAGAUCGACCACCAGAUCCUCGAUCAAAACCAGCUACUCCACUUCAAUCUACUUCAGCUACAGCUGAUUGAGCUGAUUCGUGGCAUCAUCAUUCGACCUGCCGAUGGGCCACAGCCAACUAGUGAUGACUUCCGCCCAGCGCUGGACUUUGCCACAGAACAGCUCGCGCCGAAAGCACCCACCGAUGCAAAAUACCAAGAGGCUCUUCAGCGAACUAUGGCGCUUAUGAUCUUCCCUCCCGAUAAGAUGCAGCAGGAGUUCAAAGAGUUGUUGGACCUUCGACUGCGCGAGAAGGUGGCUACAAGUGUGAACAAGGCUAUACUGGAAAGCAGAGGACAGCGGUCAGAAGCAAAGAUACGCAAGCUUGUGCGAGGCAGAGCCUGGGCAGAAGCGUUGGCAAGAGAGGCAAAGGCAGAUCUGCCGGCUGUGAUCCCUAUCGGCUUGGACGGGCCUGACACAGCAUCGUCCGCUGGCGAUGCCAUGGUGCAAUGACGUGAUGACAAGUUAUGAGAUGAUUGAUAUGUGUUUGGGAUUAGCGCUGGCGCUGGUGGUGUUUGCAUGACUUUGAUACAUUGACUGCUCUGCAGACCCGAGCUCAACAUGAUGAAAGGGGACUCAGUACCCACGAUAACGCGAGACCAAGAUGCAUUGGUCGCGACUUGCAAUACCAAACCAGAAAUUUCACACGACCUGUUCUCUUGGAUCUCUCCUUUUUGUCAUGCCUGUCAACCUGAAGCUGAACCUGCAACCGACUCCUCAGCUUUCCUCUUUCGACUGUUCCUCUGACGCUCCUUCCGCUGCUGCUCUCUCUCGACAUAUGUCACGCUCAUCUCGAA